GUAAUUUAUCCUCUGCGACAGCGCACCGGCCCACAUCCCACCACGGCGACGCCGGGAUUCACAGUCUUUCAGUCGCGCAUCGCCUAGACCUUUACUCUGUAGGAAUGGCCUCGAUGACUGCCUCGCUGCGUAGCAGCACCCUAGCCAGCACAUCCGCGCCGUCUGCAGUGCGCCCGGUCAUGGGCAGCCGCGCGCGCAGCGUGCGUGUGCAUGCCUCCGACGCUUUCUGCCGCGACAAGGUUUCAGCCGUACGCGGUGUGGAGUCGAAGGGCAUCAGCUACAAGGUCACCUUCGUCGGUGCCGACGGCGAGACUCGCGAGAUUUCCUGCCCGGACAACCAAUACAUCCUCGAUGCCGCGGAGGCGCAGGGCCUGGACCUGCCCGCCACCUGCCGCGGCGGCAUCUGCGGCGCCUGCGUGGCGCGCGUGGCCAAGGGAACCAUCGACCCCUCCGACAUCGCUGACCUCACCUUCACGCUAGACGAGGAGGAGCAGGCCAAGGGCAUGGCGCUGCUGUGCAUGACGCGCGCCACGUCCGACCUCACGCUGGAGACCCAAUCCGACUGGGGCUACUCGCUAGGCGUGGGCGAGUGGAAGGGCGCCACCGGCAAGUUCAGCUCACGACCGGAGCCGACCAUGGGGAAGGGUUGGGCGGAGCUGCAGAAGUAGAUGGUGUGUAAGUGUGCGGUGGUGGCUUACAGAAGCAGUGGUGGUGGUGCUGUGGCUUGAGCCCGGGUUUGGGGCAUGGGUGAACGUAUGCGUGCGCGUGUGUUAGGAGUGGGAGCUUAAGGGCGCGGCUGCGGCCGUGCUAAAUAGAUAUUCUAGUGCUACUCCACAAAGCAGAGCGUAUGGAUCAGAGCGGUUGAGGGGAGUUGAGGAGUCGAAUGACGGCUGCUGGCGCGCGCGUUGCCCGACGGUGUCUGGCACAUGCGCUUGAGCGCAGUGCAGCUAUUGAGUGACGUGUGUUGCUCGAAUGCGUCUGUGUACGCUUAGAGGGUCAACGGGCAGUUAUGCUCGGUCCCUUCUUGGUAUGAGGAGGCAGAGAAGAACAUGAGACUUACGUCUGGCCUGACAAGUUGCCGGCAGCUAGAUGCCUACCGAUUACCGGUGCAGAGACACUCACAGAUAGUGCCAGGUUGAUUGCGACACAGGGACCCGGGUUGGAGUUGGGCCGCGGCGGAUGUGUGAGGCGGAUGUGAACCGAGUGAGUUGAGGCUCGCAUGACUGCUAUGGACUCUGCGUAUCGGCCCAAGUUAUAUGGAUGGUCAGGCGGGCGAAUGCGGCCCUCGGAUGUACCGAGCGCACCACCCGGACGCGCCGUUUGCCCAGUGCCUGGGCGCGCGUGUGGUCGUGCCAGGCAUGCAGAGUGGUGAAGGCGGUGUAACGUGGAGGGAUU